AUGUGGACUCAACCUAAUUUUCCCCUCUCAAGUUUCCGCAGCUCUCGUGCAUCCAAUCGCCCCCACUCAAGCCAGACCCCCCGUGCCUCCUUAGGGCAGACAGGCGCUUCUGCGAGCGCUUACCCCGUUUCGGGGGGGAGCACCUCUUCCCGAGGGAGCCGGGAAACCGGAACGACGGCUGGCAGUUCGCGGGUUCGCCCUUACUCGCUCCAGGAACUCAGGCAGGCUACCAAUGACUUUGAUUCUGCCCACAAGCUGGGCGCCGGUGGUUUCGGGACAGUGUACCGGGGCGUUCUGCCUAGCGGGAAAGAGAUUGCGGUGAAGCGGUCGGGGCAAGGGCAAAAGGACUACAGACAGUUCCGCAAUGAGGUGGAGCUCCUGAGCCGCCUUCACCACCGGCACUUGGUUGGACUCCUCGGUUUUUGCGACGACGACGAUGAACAGAUGCUGGUCUACGAAUUUAUGGCCAACGGGGCAAUUACCGAACACUUCAAAGCGGAAAGGGCGACCCUCUCCUGGCAGUCCCGCCUUAUGGUCGCCCUCGGCUCCGCGCGGGGGCUCGACUAUCUGCACAAUUGGGCGGACCCUCCGAUCGUGCACCGGGACGUAAAGAGCGACAACAUUCUGCUGGAUGCGGACUUUAGCGCCAAGGUGGCCGACUUUGGGCUCUCGCGCCUGACGCCAACGGCUCAGACGAUGACUAUGUCCGGCGUGAAGGGGACUUUUGGUUAUAUCGACCCUAACUAUGCGGCCGGUCAGCCCCUAACCAAGAAGAGCGACGUGUAUUCUUUCGGCGUGGUGCUUCUGCAACUGGUGUCGGGAAGACUGGCGGUCGAUCUCACUCGGCCGCAAGCAGAGUGGAGCCUCGUGGAAUGGGCCCGCCCGUUCCUACACGAGAAGCGGUACACCCCUCUCGUCGACCCGCGCAUGGGAGACUAUAACGUCGAAGAUUUGGCGACGCUCUGUGCGCUCAUCGGACGCAUGCUCUCCCGGCAAGCGUCCGCGCGUCCGCCCAUGUCGGAAGUCGUUCGUGCGAUUGAACGGCUGGUGGCGUCCGAUGCCGAGCAAUCGACGGCUUUCGAGCCAGCGUACAACGAGGAGGAACCGGCGCCGUUGGAUCUGAGCCACUUUUCGUACAACUCCUCCGCACAGGGGUCGGAAGGAACUAGAUCAAGCGGGAGCUCGGGGUAUGCCACGUCAGCGGGGUUCCCUACGUCAGCACGGACGAUGAGGGACGUCACGAGGUCGAGCAUGGGGAGCGCCAAUCCGCGAUCAAGGGGUGGGGAUCUAAGGUCCUCAAGGGCAUCCGAUGGUCGCAGUUCAGGCACGCGGCAGGAGGGGAGUGGAGAGUUUUUGACUCAGCCGCCAAAUGUGAUGUUCACACGGUUGCAAGAGAGCAGGUUAUACGAGGGAAGAUAAGAUUGUGCCUACUAGAUUCUAGCCCCAGAAGUCCACGAAAGCGGACUGUGACCUAGAUUUAUUGUCAUGUGUUGAUUGCUAGUAGCGCAACCGUUUGCAUUGAAGACAAGGUCGCCUUUUCACUAGUUGCAACCGUAAUCAAGCUUACAAGGCACGUUAUGGUGUUAGGUGUUUAAGCCUAGGAGGAUAUCAUACGCGUGACAAUGAUACGAAGUGCCCACCGCACCCUCAAUAAGUAUAGUGGAUUGUGUACCGACUGUAUCCUGGAAAAUCCAAUUACAGUAGAGACGUUAAGUAUCGUGACCUAGAUGGUGGGAGCUCAGUGGUUGUCAGACCCGUGAAGAUGACCGUCAGCUUCUGCUACAAAACCAGACACUAGAGUACUUGAGAAUGACGGUAGUCAAGUACGACGGUAGUGAAGCAACAACAAUUAAGUUAAGUGCAUGUAUUUUGGGCUUCAAGAAAUUUGGAACCCGCACAACUGGCAUGCUAACUAAAUGAUGGCAGCAAUGUACCAUCAUAGUCAAGGUCC